GGGAGACGGCAUCCAAAGGCGGACUCACUUAUCGGAGCUUUUUUUUUUUUUUUUUUUUCACCCCGUAAUACUGCCUUCGGUGGCGCGGAGUUCCGUGCUAUGGCGUGUUGAACGGCAGCGCGGCAGGAAUGCUGAAAAUACACGGGAUGCUGUGCAGCGAAAGAGUCCAGAACCAGCAGGUGGCGAGAACGAAUGGCGUCCCAAACGCCGCCUUCUGCGAGCGAUGAGGAUAAGCAGCCACGUUCUCCCGCCGCCGUCCUUGAAAGCCUCUCGGGUGUGCCGCACGUCCGCAAGCCCGGAGAAUCCACAGAAGGAGACGGUUCCUGGAACCCGGCCCGGGGCUGCAAAGCCCGGUGCCAUCCGGCGGCGAGGACGGCGCAGGUCAAACUGCGUCCCCUCGGGCAGGAGAAGGUGCGCGUGUGCUGUGACCAGGAAUUGGAGACGUCGUUCACCUACGUUGAUGAAAAUGUCAACUUGAGACUCGCCAGCCCGGAGACCAGUCAGAAAAGUUCUCAUCGAACCGCACGCAACGGCGAGCCGUGCUCUGAAACGCUACCGGAAUUUUCUUUCAUGUCUGAGGAUGAUUUGUCCUUUGGAGAGUCCUCCGGGUCCUCAGUGGACUACUGGUUUAUCAGUGCGGUCACGUUUUUGGUGACCGGCAUCUCCUUGGUGAUCAUCUCCUACGCCGUGCCCAGGGAUGUGGUGGUGCAAGACCGGGACAGUGUCUCGGCGAGGGAGAUGGAGAGGCUAGAGCUGGAGAGUGCUCGGAUCGGAGCUCACCUGGACAGGUGCGUCAUAGCGGGGCUGUGCCUGCUGACUCUGGGCGGGGUCGUGCUGUCCACUCUGCUCAUGAUCUCCAUCUGGAAAGGAGAGAUGUACAGGAGGAAAGUCAUCGCGUAUUCCAAACGUUCAGCCAAACUGUACGGCUCCAUCAGCUUGAAAACUAAAUCCAGUCCCAGUCACUCCUCGACGCAAUUGUCCCUGGACGACAUCGUGGAAAGUUUGAACUAGGCACGGACACGUACAGUUUAUGUUCCAAGUUCAUCAACAUUGUGCAACUUGUUAGCUUAUGCUGUACACUCUCAGAAAAAAGGUUGUCAUUAUUUGGUCUCAUAGUUACCCUUAUUAUGAUAGUCCAUCCUUUAAUUGGGACAAAACAAUUUAGCAUAGUUGUGACAAAUGUAGGGAUGGAUACCAAAUUUGUUCAUUAGCACUACCUGGUACUGAUUCACAUAAAAUAAACGCUGCCAUAUUUCGAUUCCUUUGUUACACCCGACCUCGGGAGUGGCUCAAACACUCGGCCGGUAAACAAGCAGCCUAACACUAAGAGUGGACUCAGCAAGACUGCCUGUAAUGUUACAUUUUUUCCAUGCCAACAAAGGAAGAAGAAGGCACUCAAAAGUACAGUCAGGCCCAACUUUUCAAAAGGCACUAGCUCUGUGCUAAUUUACAUUACAUUUGCCAUAGAAUUGCUAAAGCAUUAGCGGUUUAACAAGCAUUUUCCAUGCCUCUAAAUCUUGUAAUGACAACUACAACUAAGAUGCACGUUACGAUCAAACAGCUGGUGUGUAAAAAGUACAGUACUUACAAACACUUUGUAAGUGGACUCAACAAAAGGCUCAUUCAAUGUAAUGGCAAAGACUACUCUCUGGCUAAGGAAACUUGCCGUAUUCUAUACACUACUGCCAUCUAACGUCUUGGAAUUGCAACUGCAUGCCAAGUCUACGAUAUGAUACAGUACAGUACUUGCAAAUGAGACGCAGACGUGCAAAAAAACAAGAUAUCAAACAUUUGAACACACACUAAAUGACUUGAAGUUGGUUUAUCGGUUAAAUGUAAAAAGUGACCCAUCCCUAAAUGCAACAGAAUGCAAUUCAGUAUAAUGCAUAUACUGUAGGUUUAGAAUUUUUUUGGAAGAUGGCAGAUAAAAUACUGCAGUAUAUCACAACACGUACACCAGACUGCUACUUUAUAUUUUUUUCAUAUCUGAUAUGCAUUAGAUCCGUUUCAUAAUCUUACAAAUGUAACAAUUUUUAGCAAGCAUGGUGUUUUUAUUUCCUUGCUACUCUUAUUCCAUUACCAUGGUAGCGCAUCCAUGGGUUAUCUUUAUUUAGGAUACACUCACCGGAAGUACUGCUUGGAACUGUGGCGUUUAAUAAUUAGCCAUUUUGUAUACAUGGAGGCUUGAUAUGGAUGCCUAUUACCACUACCCUUUUUUCAGACAGUGUACAGACUUCAGAGUAUAACCACAUGCUACAUAUAAACACUCCACAUGAAACACAUUCCUUCAAAUAGUGGCAGUAAUAGUAAACGAUGCUUUUAAUGACUAAGUGAGACACGGUGCAGGCUACUAUUUGAAGAUAUACGGUCAGCAACUGUUCAUACGAGACACACAUAUACCGUCCAAGGCAGAUAGCAUGUUUCCAGAAUUGUCGCAGACACUAGAUGGCAUUUGUUUUGGUACCCUGGACGUUCUUUUAAGAGCUUCAGUUUAUUACUAAGGCUUUUCAUUUUUAAUGGGAAAGUCAUGAACCACAAAAAAAUCAUACACAGACACAUUUCAGGAAGUAGCCAGAGUCCCCAGAGUGCGUCUGAGGUGGGCGCCUAAGAGGUCCACUCUGCUGUGUGGAGAAUCAGUUCAGUGGUGUGCAUGGUAAUAUCCAGUGACAGUCCUGCUCUGGUUCAGUGCUGAGGUAAGCCAGUAAGCUCAGCUUUGUGCAUCUGAUCCAAAGCUCCAAGUCGCUUUGACUGCACUCAGCAGUUUGACUGCGUUGGACAACCUUGCCAUGCACAGUGCACACUCCUCCUGAUUGUCUCAUACCCUACCCAGAAUAGGUCAUUGUAUUUUGGCUCUUAGCACUGCAAAGCUACGACAUACACCGUUUUGUUUGAAAGCUGAUUAGUUUUUUUUUUCUCACAUGACUGAUGUUGAUAUCAAAACAAUACAUCCAGGUUAUGUUUGAAAGAGUCAAAAACAAACCUAUACAUACCUGUCUGGUCCGUGGUAUUUUGCUUUGCUGUCCAUGUAAACAGUGCUAAUGAAUCCGCAAGUAAAUUAGCUACAAUAUUCCCAUAUUACAAAAGCAAAAAAUACGGUAAAAACAUACAAUUUACUGAUAAUAUAGUUUUUAAUUGAUAAAGAUUUAAAGAAACAAAGUCAGUCUUUCCAGGAUUUCACUGGCUUUGUUUUGGUGAUUGCCUAAAGUGCUUGAAUUUGCAGCAGCUUUUUCAAAAAGUUGCGACAAAGGUUGCAAUGUUUGAGGCUUAUUUUCUUUCAAUAACACUAAGUCAACAGAUUUUUUUGAAUUUGUCAUCAAUGUUUUAAGUGUUUCUUGUAACCUGAACCUAAAAAAGAACACAGGAUUGCAACCAAAUAAAAGGAAAACAAAUACUGUAUUGGUGUUUUACUCGUUUUAUACCACACCAUAAAAGUAGACACUAGAUGGCAGAAAAAAGAAACACUUACUCAGAGCUCAUUGUUGAAUGAUUUUACUGUUUCGAUUAAUCAUCACUACUAAUAGUAAUAAUUAUAAUUACAGAAAGAAACAACGAUCCAGACAUUCUCUAUGUAUGUUUUACGCUUGAAAAGUGUACCCCCCAUACCAUAAAAUUGGUACACCCACACCCACCCUCCUGCAUUUGGAUCAACUCAAUAUUUGAAUGAGUUCUCCCAUGCAGGGAAAGAAUAUAGUUAAAGGGUUCAUACAAUUUUCCCUGUUUUUACCAAUUGAUGCUGCUGCAGAAGACUGCGAUUACGUAUGUAUGCCAGCAGAAAAAGGAUACCACAUCAAGUCCUUGUACGUGUGUCAUGCUGUUGCGCUCAUGAGUCAUUUUUAUACAUUCAUAUUUACAAAUAUAAUCUUGAGUCACACCAUUCAGUGCUGAGAAGUCUCAGAAUGAAUUACUUGGUUUAUGUCCUUUAAUGUUCUAAAAGUGCAUGGGUUAAAGCAGGGGCCUCAAAUUGUGUGGCCCUUUACCAUACUUGCCAAC